UCUUAUAUAUCAACCUCUCUCCAACCAUUUUCUUCCCUCGAGCCUAUAAGGAAUAAACUCCAUGCCUUUCUCUCUAUCUUCUCCUCCAAUGUCUCUCCCUUUAAUACCCAUCUCACUUAUCGUACUCCUCCUUGCAUACAAGCUCUACCAGUGGCUGAGAUUCAAGCUCCCACCGGGGCCUCGCCCGUGGCCAAUCGUCGGCAAUCUGUACGAUAUAAAGCCGGUGAGGUUCCGGUGCUUUGCCGAGUGGGCACAGGCGUACGGUCCCAUCAUAUCGGUGUGGUUCGGGUCCACGUUGAACGUGAUCGUGUCGAACUCGGAGUUGGCUAAGGAAGUACUCAAGGAACAUGACAUGCAACUGGCUGACAGGCAUAGAAGUAGGUCGGCUGCUAAGUUUAGCAGGGAUGGGAAGGACCUUAUAUGGGCGGAUUAUGGACCUCACUAUGUUAAGGUCAGGAAGGUUUGUACCCUUGAGCUUUUCUCCCCAAAACGGCUCGAGGCUCUUAGACCCAUCAGGGAAGAUGAGGUUACAGCCAUGGUUGAAUCCAUUUUCAAGGACUGCACCAAUCCUGAAAAUAAUGGCAAAAGUUUGUUGGUGAAGAAAUAUUUGGGAGCAGUGGCAUUCAACAACAUUACAAGACUGGCAUUUGGGAAGCGAUUUGUGAACUCAGAGGGCGUAAUGGACGAGCAAGGGUUAGAAUUCAAGGCAAUCGUGGCCAAUGGGCUGAAGCUCGGCGCAUCCCUUGCCAUGGCGGAGCACAUUCCAUGGCUUCGUUGGAUGUUUCCGCUAGAAGAAGAGGCAUUUGCCAAGCAUGGGGCAAGGAGGGACCGACUUACUAGACUUAUCAUGGAAGAGCACACCCAGGCACGUGAGAAGAGCGGUGGUGCCAAGCAGCAUUUUGUUGAUGCCUUGCUUACUUUGAAGGACGAAUAUGACCUUAGCGAGGACACCAUCAUUGGACUCCUUUGGGACAUGAUCACCGCGGGAAUGGACACCACCGCAAUCUCGGUAGAAUGGGCUAUGGCCGAGCUGAUCAAGAACCCAAGGGUGCAACAAAAGGCUCAAGAGGAGCUAGAUCGUGUUAUCGGAUUGGAACACGUGAUAACAGAAGCCGAUUUUACUAAUCUCCCAUACCUACAAUGUGUGGCCAAAGAGUCGCUACGGUUGCACCCUCCAACCCCAUUGAUGCUCCCCCAUCGAGCCAACGCCAAUGUCAAGAUUGGUGGCUAUGACAUCCCUAAGGGUUCAAAUGUUCACGUUAAUGUUUGGGCUGUGGCACGCGAUCCAACGGUGUGGAAGAACUCGAUGCAGUUCCGCCCUGAGCGGUUCCUUGAGGUGGAUGUUGACAUGAAGGGCCAUGACUUCCGGCUACUUCCAUUUGGUGCGGGGCGGCGGGUGUGCCCUGGUGCACAACUUGGUAUCAAUUUGGUCACGUCCAUGAUUGGUCACCUAUUGCACCAUUUUGUUUGGACACCACCUGAAGGGGUCAAACCAGAGGAGAUUGACAUGUCAGAAAAUCCUGGAUUGGUUACUUACAUGCGGACCCCGUUACAAGCGGUGGCCAAUCCGAGGUUGCCAUCGCACUUGUACAAACGUGUGGCAGUGGACAUGUAAUUUUUCUUUUGUUUGUGUCUUUAUUUCUCUUUGCGUUUUGAUAUAUUACGAAGUUGUGAUAAAAUUGUAAUUCUGGUGAGAUUAUAAAAAGAAAAUUAUUAUUUUCUUGUGUA